UGUAAAUCCGCUUUAUCGUCAAUAACAAAACAAGACGCGAUCUUCGCCUAUAACUCGGAUUUCGGGCAAAUCACGUGCUCCUACGUACGGGCGAUUAUCGCCUAGGAAGCUCCGAAGUCCGAGAGUUUCCCCACAGAAAUUUAUAAAUUCGCGGGGCCCGGCCGGGAGCGCCUUAGUCGACGAUUUAUUCCGCCCCGAUUUGCUGUGUUUGUUUUUUUAAUUUAUUUCUUAUUUUACAUUCGGUGGAAAACCAUGAGGGGGUUGUUCAAAUUGCCCGUGCAAGUUUUCGCCCUCAGGCCGAACGCCUUAGGGGUGAAUGGGGUUGUUUAUACCAGAAAUUUCGGCACCCAUCACAAUCACAUACAGGUGCAAUUCGAAAAGCAGGGAUUAUUGGACAGGAAACAGUCGACGUUCACCGACAGGAGCCAAUUGAAGUACGCCCGAAGGCUGGUGGUGAAACUUGGAAGCGCCGUCAUCACCAGGGAGGACGAGCACGGUCUUGCUCUUGGCAGGCUCGCUUCGAUCGUCGAACAGGUGGCUGAAUGCCAGAACGAGGGCAGGGAGUGCAUUAUGGUGACCAGCGGGGCCGUGGCCUUCGGGAAGCAGAGGUUAACGCAGGAACUGCUGAUGUCGCUGUCGAUGAGGGAGACUUUGUCGCCCACGGACCAUACGAGAGAGGACGCCCCGACGCUGGUCGAACCCCGAGCGGCCGCCGCCGUCGGUCAAUCCGGCCUCAUGUCCCUCUACGACGCCAUGUUCUCCCAAUACGGCGUCAAAAUCGCCCAGGUGCUGGUGACCAAGGCAGAUUUCUACAACGAAGAGACCAGAAAGAACCUGAUGAGCACGCUCGCCGAGCUGAUCAGCCUCAACAUCGUUCCCAUCAUCAACACCAACGACGCCGUCUCGCCGCCGCCCCAGAUCGACGAACCCAUCGGCGGCAAGCCGGGCAAGAAGGGCAUCUCGUUGAAGGACAACGACAGCCUGGCGGCCAUGUUGGCAGCCGAAAUCCAAUCGGAUUUGCUCAUACUCAUGUCUGAUGUUGAUGGUAUCUACAACAAGCCGCCUUGGGAGGAGGGCGCCAAGUUCCUGCACACGUUCACCUCGGACCUCAGGAACACCAUCGAAUUCGGACAGAAAUCGAAGGUGGGCACCGGCGGUAUGGACUCCAAGGUGACGUCGGCCACGUGGGCGCUGGACCGCGGCGUCUCCGUGGUCAUCUGCAACGGGAUGCUCGACAAGGCGAUCAAAACCAUACUGUCGGGAAGGAAGGUGGGCACCUUCUUCACCGAGCACUCGCUCGGCGGGCCGGUACCCACCGAAGCCAUCGCCGAAAACGCUCGCACGGGCGGUCGCAUCCUGGCGACCAUCACGCCGGAGCAAAGAGCCUCCUGCGUGCACACGCUCGCCGAUCUGCUGUUGUCCAGGCAAGCGGACAUCCUGGACGCCAACCAGAAGGACCUGCAGGAGGCGAAGAAGACCGGCCUGGCCAAGCCGCUGCUCUCCAGGCUGUCGCUGACGCCGGCCAAGCUGAAGAACCUCGCCGUGGGGUUGCAGCAGAUCGCCGACAACAGCCACCGGAACGUCGGCAGGGUGCUGAAGAGGACCAAGCUGGCCGACGGGUUGAUGCUGAAGCAGAUCACCGUGCCCAUAGGAGUGCUGAUGGUGAUCUUCGAGAGCAGGCCGGACUCGCUGCCCCAGGUCGCCGCUUUGGCGAUCGCCUCCGGUAAUGGUUUGUUGCUUAAAGGCGGUAAGGAGGCGGCGCACAGCAAUAAGGCUCUGAUGGGGUUGGUGACUGAGGCUUUGAAGACCGUUGGUGCCGAAACCGCUAUAUCUUUAGUAUCGACCAGAGACGAAAUCAGCGAUCUUCUAUCGAUGGAGCAGCACAUAGACCUCAUCAUACCGAGAGGUUCCAGCGACCUGGUGCGCUCCAUCCAACAACAAAGCCAGCACAUCCCGGUGAUGGGCCACGCCGAAGGCAUCUGUCACGUGUACGUCGACAAACAGGCCGACCACCAGAAGGCGCUGAAGAUCAUCAGAGACUCCAAGUGCGACUAUCCGGCCGCCUGCAACGCCAUGGAGACGUUGCUGCUACACAAGGACCACAUGGAGGGGGAGUUCUUCAGCGACAUCUGCAGCAUGCUGAAGGGCGAGGGCGUCGCCAUCAACGCCGGCCCGAAGCUCAACCGGUUGCUCACCUUCGGCCCGCCGCUGGCGAAGACCAUGAAGCACGAGUACGGAGCGCUGGAGUGUUGCAUCGAGGUAGUAGACGGGCUCGACGAGGCCAUCGAUCACAUACACGCCUACGGGAGCGGGCACACCGAGGUCAUCGUCACCGAGAACAAAGACAACGCCGAGGCCUUCCAGAAGAAGAUUGACAGCGCAUGCGUGUUCCACAACGCCAGUUCGAGGUUCGCUGACGGUUUCCGGUUCGGUUUGGGAGCGGAAGUGGGAAUUAGUACGGCGAGAAUCCACGCCAGAGGGCCGGUGGGGGUUGAAGGGUUGUUGACCACCAAGUGGAUCCUCGACGGGGACGAUCACGCGGCGGCGGAUUUCGCGGAGGGCGGUAACAGGACGUGGGUGCACGAGUCCCUGCCGGUUGAUUGAUUAGCUAAUGUUAGUAGGCGUGUUUGUUUAGUAGGC